AAUGACAAUAGUCAUUAGUGGCAAUUAAAGUUUUGUGGUUGGGCAGAUAUCUGACAAUAAAGCAAUAAGCCACAAGAGGCCGUGGUUUACAAUGAUUUUACAGCAGGUGAGGGGCGUUAGGCACGACGUGGAGGAUACGACGUUUACUGACCGUGAUUAUGUGAUUUCGGGCAAAAUCCUAGACUUCACAAUGUCUUUGCCGCUUUACGUGAUGCAUGGUGGGUCAGGAUCCCUCUCACAACACAAUCUAACGGGGUCCUGACUUCGUUUCUUGACUUUUCCAGCUCUUUAAUUUCUCUCUCAUUAAUUUCAGCGUGUUGCCUUUCUUUUUUAUCUCCCCCUUCUAUCCUGUCCACCGCUCUCCACCACUCAUCUAUGCUUUGCCCACCCAGUAAAUCAAUAAUCAUAACAUUUUGAAACAAUUUAUGACUAACUGGCGCAGUAAUACUGUUGUAAUGCGGUCACAGGUGUGUGUUUAUAUAGUACUUUACAACGGUUUCGAACGCGGCUCAGCCAAUCAUAAUCAAGGACGGGAACUAAUCGUUUUAUAACGGAAAUUAAAGACGUGUUACGAUGGCAGCAGCUGUAUAACUCACGUUUAUCAGAAACUGAAGUGUAACCGUUGAUAUGUUAGACUUGAGGUUGGGGUUUUUGUCGCUAGAGGUCAUCAGAGGUUCAUUCCGCCCGCGAGGACUUUUCCCAAAACAUCCCCCUGCUACGUCACUAACCCCCGGCCCAACCCGCCUCGUGCCACAACGACUCUGUCUCGUUCUGUUGGCUUGUCAGCGGCAUGAGACGCGCGCGGCAUCUUUAUGGGAUAUGAAAACUGUCAGUUAACGAUACGUGUUCGCUUUGUUUCGGAUUAAAAGCGGCCACUCGCUCGUCAUAUAGUGAAUAACCGGCGGUUGCUGUUACUUUUAAACGGUAUCGGAGCACCGUCUCAGUGUGAGCCUCUCCCCUGCGGCUGGCGCCCUUUGUAACUCCAAACUGAAUGGCCAUCUGUGUUGGAAAACACUGAGUCACAGCUGCCCAGCGGUGACAACCAGCGUCUCCCUGAGGGAUCAAAGCCUCGGCAACAUAACAUAUUCAAGACAGGACUCGGAGCCAGAGGCGCAGAUGAUUGAGACUUAUUUAGAUAGAUGUGACUGUGUUUGUUGCUGUUUCCUUCACUCCAGCUGCUGACUCCCAUGGCUCCAGGAACUGUCUGAUUCUGGAUCUGUUAGGCAGGAAUAGGACAGGCCCAGACAGGGAGAGAUGAGCUGGGCUGAGGAGGACUGGACGGUGGGGCUGUCUGGACGGGUCCUGCAAAAGGUGAAGGAGCUGCAGGUCCAUCAGGAGCGUCUGUCCAGAGAGAACAAGCAGAAACAGCUGCAGCUGGACAACAUCAAUACUAGCCUUGAAAAACAAACUGUGAAGUAUGAGGAGGUGCGGGGAGAGCUCCAGUCUGUGCACAGGGAGCUCCAGAGUGUUCGGGAGGAGGCCAAGGUGGCAGUGACCAGCGGCCAGCGCCUGUCCCAGGAUCUUCAGACCAAGCAAGCCCAAGUAUGUUCCUUGGAGGGCCAGCUGGACGCUUCGCGCUCCGUCAACAACAAACUCACACAGGAAGUCAAAAGGCUGGAGGCAGAACUGGAGAAGCUGCAGAACAGCAGCAGGUCGGCAGACACCACUCUGUUCUCAACACCCUGCUGGAAUACAGCCUCGCCCUGGGAAAACAAUGGGAGCAGAAAGGAGGAGCGGUCAGGGCAGAGAGAUGAAGGACAGAACCGGGCGCUCCAAAUCCGACAGCGGCUCCAGUUCUCAGACAUGCCUACGGCCUCGUUGCCACGACAGCAACACAAGAGCACACCCCACCGCCACCCUUCAGACCAAUCGGACUCCUUCUCUACUCCCUUGGCUGCGUUUCCGUGGGAACGGGAUGACUCGAGGCAGGCAGCCAAGAGACGAUCCCCGUCUUCUCCCCAGACGCCCGCCGUUGACAUCAGUCAUGCCCAGUCAGAGCAGGGGGUUUGUGGGAAGGAGAAGGACCCUGGGACACAAACAGACAUAUCUUUGUCAGAACUGCGGAGUCGCAUUUCUUCUCUGGAGGAGGAGCUGCGUGUGAAGGCUGAGGCAUUGAAGUCGACUCAGAACGAAACGGUGCAGAGCAAGAAGGAGCUCGCCAGCAGGGACCUCAGUCUGCAGAGAGCCCGCGACGAGCUCAGCCUGGCACACACACGUAUGGCCCAGGAGAGUGAACGGGCAUCAAGAGGAGAGCAGAGGCUGAAGCAGCUACAAGAAGAGAUGAAGUGUCAGAGGCAGAAUGCUGAGAGUAGCCGACUGCAACACCAGCAACGCACCAAAGAGCUGGAGAAACAAAAUCAGAGGGAUUUGUUGGAGCUUCAGAAGGAAAGACAGUGUCUAGAGAAGCACCAUCAGCAGGAGAUGAAUAAGCUCAACCAGGAGCUCCAGCAGGCCAGGACACUCCACAAUGCCCUGCAGGCCCAGGCUGACAAGCUGUCUCUGCAGAAGCAGUCGUUGGAUAAAGAAUUGGAGACUCUGAAAGAGAAACUGAAAUGGACGGAGGGACAGCUGCAGGAGAGCCAAAAGAAAGAGGCACAGACACAAGCCAAACUGACAGAAGCGGUGCGUGAGGCGGAGGGUGUGGCAGUGAGUCUGGAACAGAGCAGGAAGAAAGAGCGAGUUCUGGAGGAGGAGGGGAAGAGACUGGCAGAGGAGCGAGGUGACGCCUUGCGUCUCCUCAAAGAACUGCAAGAGCAAAAAGCUGCCCCAGUACCUCUGCAACCGGCCCAGUAUUGCUCUGUUGGACAGAGCUUCUCCCCUCAACCUUCCCUCUCUCAUCAGUCUCGACUGUCAACUUAUACAAAGAGGCCUGCCACCAGCCGAGCCGAGCAGACGAGGGAAAAGGAAGAAGAGGAGGAGUACGAGGGAAAGGCAGAGAUUACAGCAUCUUACCCCACUGACAGAGAGCCAGGUGAAGGCAUAGACUCUGAACACAUCACUGUCCUCAUCUCACAAGACUCUGAGUGUUUGCAAAGAGGACGACACAGAAGAGGAAGUAACGAUGAGGAGAACAAGAGUAGAAAUGAGACGAUGGAGUGUGACAGCUCUGGGACAAACAAGCCUUCCUCAUUUGAUCAAGUACUGUGCAGAUCCUCUGAGUCUACUUCUGUUACACCCUCCAUGACUUCCAUGGAUGGUGAUAACUGCAGGUUGAUGCACUCUGCUGAUAAGACACCGCCUCUCAAGUCCGAGCAGGCCAUACCCUCCAAAGACCUCCAGAAGGAGAAUGCCACACUACGUUCAGAGUUACAAGAUGUGCGUGAAGAACUCCAGAAACGACUGGAGGACCUUGAGGUCCAACGACGGGCUGAGUCAGAAGCCAGAACCCGGCUGAAACAGCUCAGCCGAAAACACGCCAGCCAGGGUGUGGAGAAAGACGAGCAGGACAAGGAAUGGAAGGCACAGCUGGAGAAGGAGAAGGCUGAGACAGAAAGGUUGAGGAAAGCCCUGUCAGCUUUGGAGACAGAGAUGAAGAGAGGAAGGGAAGAAAGAGAAAAUAAUGAGAGAAAGGAGGAGGAGGAGGGAACAAAGAAAACACAAGAAGACAGGGAGAGCGAAAUGAUAGAACUUAAUAUCCAGCUGAAGAAGCAGCUAGCAGAGGUUAAGGCCCAGUUAGCUUUAGAACGAGAAGAGAGACAGAGAGAGGAAGAGGAGCGCAAUCAGAUAAUAAACACAGAUAAACACAUAAAGACGGAGCUGAACAUGAAACUGGCAGAGCUUGAGGCCAAACUGGAGGAACUAAAGUGCAGCAGAAAUGAAGACUCAUUAGAAGAGGACAAACUCUCAGUAGCCAACAGCCCGCUGCCAUAUCUGACUCUUCAUAAUGAUGAGCUCAACUCCAACAUCAUUGGCUGGGAAAAGAAACUCCUCCCUUCACCUGAGCAGCAUCUCCUCUUCUGUCAGUCCACCAACCAACGCAACACACUUGUAUCUCAGGCAACAAUGGAUCUUAUCCAAGAAGAGCAAACGGUGAUAGAUCCUGAACACUCACAUCUGUCGGAUGAGGGGCAAACAAGGCCAGUGGUAUCAGACCUCCACUGCCAGAGGGGUGAUUCUGCCCCCGCUGAUUUGACAAAGGAGGUGGAACGAUUACGGAAAGAAAACUUAAGGGAGACAGAUCGUGCUAACCAGUGCGAGGUUAAACUGAAAGCCCUGCAGAACCAGGUGACAAGUCAGACCAAACAGUUAACCAUGGCCUUUGAGAACCAGAGCCAGCACAUCUCUGGACUUCUAGCUGAGCUACAGGAGAAGGAGAGCACCCUCCUCAGCCAGGGAGAGGAACUGCAGCGCUGCAAGCAAGAGCUGGAAGCACUCAAGGCUGGAAGAGACGGAGAGGCGAUAGGUGUCCUUCUCGUAGAGAAGAAAGAAUCAAAAGAAGAGAGGCGAGAGAGGGGAAGCCGAGAUGAUUCAGUGGAUUCCCCUGAAUUUCAACCAAAUCAGGAAAAGGAGUCAGCUGUUACCUUCUUCACUACAACCUCACUGACUGACACUGACUCUCAUGCACAAAAAGAUGCAAGUCAACCAGAGAUUGUGACCUCUGAUGCUGAAAAACCAACACCUAUCAGCAGUGAAGUAGAUAAUGCAAGCAAUGCAUUAUCAGAGGCUCAGCGUCAAGACUCUGAACUGGACUCUGAAAAGACUCAAACUAACCAUGACUCUGCUUGUGUGAAGACUGAGUGUGGUCAAGAUGGAGGAACAACAGGCGUAGUUACAGAACUACUCGCUCUCCAAAAGGAGAAUCAGCUGCUGAAACAAAGAAUUGAGGCCUUGAUGGUUUCAGACACAAACAACUUAGCACUACACGCUGCCAGCGAAAACCAAGAAGACCCAGUGGAGCAAGACCAAAACACAGGAAAUGUAACUCUGUCCUGCUCAAAGGAGCAGAAAACAACUAAUGUGCCAAGUGACAUCACCACUGAAGCACGACAGUCUCUGCUGCUGAGUAUGAGAAGGAGUGAAGAUGAAAGACAAGUUUUAGAAAGGGAAGAUAAAAGUACAACUGAGGCUGAUGAAGAGGCUGAGGCAGCGUCUCAGCUUCAGAUCAACCAUCUAGAGCAACAGGUUGUGGCGCUGCAGAAGAAACUUCGGGCUCUCUCUGAGGAGACCCAGCAGCAGAACGAGGAGCUGGCUGUUUGGAGAUUGGCCUCUCAACCCGCCCCAACAUUUGAACACAUCCUUCCCAACAAAGACAACCAGUCUGAGAUCCAGGACCAGGUCUCAAGCCAGCAGCACACUUAUGACAUGACCCACAUUCUUCAUCAGGAACCAGCACCUCUGGGUGUCCCCCAGAAGCCCAGUCAUGUGACAGUCAUCAGAGAAGAUGAGUUAUUCCUGUCCUGCUCCACCAAGAAACUUCAGGGUCGCAUGAUGUUCUCCAGACUGCAGCAGAGCAACCUCUCUGAACCGAAGAGUCUCCAGUCUUCAAAAAAGACUUCAGUACAGGACACUGCCGAGAUUGACAUGGAAUCUGAAAAAGAAAACCAGGAGAUCAGCUUCUUACAGCAGUCGGAUACCUAUCCAACACAACACAAAGAGAAGAGAGAUACUGAACUUCUCCAAACAUCAUCUGAGAAAACAGGUCAACAACACAUCACCAAAGAUCCCCACAAAGUCUCAAAGAGCCAAAUCAGACCAAAAGCAGAAACUCCUGAGGCCAAACCAAACACUUCCAGAGCAACCAAUGAAAUAAUCACAACCAAUGACUCCCCAGAGAGAGAUUUCAGGACAGAAACAAGAACCGUCAGCAGUCAAACAGAGGAAAGUUUGUAUCCUCGCAGUCCUCCAACAGCAUCUGAACUCCACUGUGCAUACACACAGACUGAGGAGGAGGAAGAAGAGGAGGAUGAUGAAGAGUUAGUGGAUUCACCCCCUGUCUCUCCUGUCCCACUAUCUGGGGUGGCACAGUCAGGAGACAAAAUGUUGUUUACUAGUUCCUUCCCUAUCCCGGCUGACCCGGCGCGUCUUGCAGAAAGAAUCCGCCGGAACAGGACACAGCUGUCAGCCGCUUUUGACGACACCGAAUAUGAACCGUACGGCCUGCCGGAAGUUGUCAUGAAAGGUUUUGCAGACAUCCCCACUGGUCCGUCAUGUCCCUACAUAGUGAGGAGGGGUUUGUUAGGAACGGCUGUCGUACCCGCCCCUCAGAAAGACCCGGGACAGGAGGAGACAGAUUAAAACACAGCUACAGAUGUAGUGGAAAGAAUCAAUCACUGCAGCCUGAUUGGGAUGGACGACAGCAGGUUUACAAAGACACUCCGAUCACCAGCAACCUGAAGCACCUCGGACCUUCAGACCAACACAGGAGCAGCAUCUGUUAGUGCUGCAAUCACACAGGGACUCCUGUACGAGUGUGUGUGUGUGUCUGCAGGUAACUGAGCCUGCACUUGCUGAAUACACAUCUCCACUUUGGAUCUAAAAUGUUUUAUUAGUUGUAGUUUUUAAUUCAAUAUUCACUAGUUUACCCUCUAAUUGCUGUGUGGAGACUUUACUGUCUGUAAGGAUACAGUUACUUCACACCCACCUGUGUAUUUAAGGACGGAUGUAGUGAUUUAGUGAUGUUUGUUGAUGCUUCUUGAAGUUAACGAGUACUCUUCAAAAGGGACUGUUUAGGAUUUAGUAACUCCGAAUUAACUUAUGUCUACUCUGAGUGAAUCAGUGCCUAGUGGAAGCUUUUCUAAACAAGCUCCUGUCAAGAUAAGUCUGACUUGUUUUCCAAAAAGGUGAAGCCAAGAGAGGCCUGUUUGUUAAAAUGUGCUAUUUUUUUGUGUUUAAUUCUUGAGGUGGCUUAUUUAUGGACACUUGAAUGUGUUUUAGUUGUGAACGCGGGUGUUUACAAAAAAAAAUGUGUGAGCGUGUGGGACAUUCGCUGUGCAUUUGAACAUGUGUGUCUUCUUCUUGAUGUUACUGUUUGUAUAUGUGUGUGUGUGUGUGUGUGUGUGUGUGUGUGUGUGUAUGGGGAGGGGGGAGAGAGAGAGAGAGAGAGAGAGAGAGAGGGAGAGGGGCGAGCUCAUGUCUAUGACUCAAUCUAACCUGCGUUGGUUUCCGCUCCAUGUAUGGUGAUACACACUGAGCUCCCUCUCUCCUCCCUCUGCUGCUUUGCUUUUCUGCCUUACACUAACGAGCACUCAGUAGUUAAUUUGCCAAAAAACUAAACGUGACGCUUUAUUUUGUUAGCGGAGGACAGCGAGAAAUUGAGCUGCUUUCUUAUAUCUUAAUUUAUUUGAUUGAUGUAUCUAUUUUUGAAAGAGUUCCUGUCUUGCACAUUUGUCACUGUGCCACAGACAACAGUAGCCCAGAUUUAUGAACACUGUAGAUUUUGUAGAUGAGUUUUGAGUUGAUGUACAGUUUGUAUUUUGCCCUUUAACAGAGGAUUUCACCACUUUGCAUGCUUACAAGGUUUGACCAGUUAGUUAAAACCUUGUUGUGCUGAAGACCAGUGACUUUUGAGACACAUUUGUGUUUAAAGUGUGGAGUGAUUUGUUUUCUUUUUUUUAUGUUUACAUUUUAUUUAGAGGCAGAGUUGUUCUCUCCUGACCGUGGCUUGUUGACUCAGUAAGAACAGAGUGAACUGUUACUGCACUGAUUCACUGCCAUUCAUUUGCUAUUUUGACACCCUCACACAAACACACAAACACACACACACACACACACACACACACUUUUCCUCCCUUUCAGCUGCCUUCAUAUCUCUGGGAUCUGUAGUCUUUUGGCAGUGAGGUGGGAUUGUCAGACUCCGAGUGGGAAAACUAACUGUGUAUCUUUGCCUUUUUUUGGACACUUUCAUGUGAAUGUAUUUGUGUUGUGUUUGCUGCUAGAAUAAAAAGGCUUGCUCCUAAUUUAA